AUGGCUGGGGAGCCGGCAGCACCACGCCACGCCUACGCGACCCUCCUCCUCAACGACGGCUACCUGCCCGGCGCACUCGUCCUCGCACACUCGCUACGCGAUGCGCGCACCAGCAAACCGCUCGUCUGCCUCGUCACUCUCGAUUCGGUCUCUGCCGACGCGGUCACCCAGCUCAAAACUGUCUACGACCAUGUCAUCUCCGUGCCCAGGAUACGCAACCCCGAUCCGGGGAACCUGUACCUCAUGAAUCGCGCAGACCUGCAUUCGGCCUUUACAAAGAUCAAUCUUUGGAAGCUGGUCCAGUGGGAGAAGAUUGUAUACAUUGACGCCGACGUCGUGGCCUAUCGCGCUCCGGACGAGCUGUUCACGCUCGGUGCCUCUUUUGCUGCAGCACCCGACAUUGGAUGGCCUGAUCUCUUCAACUCGGGCGUCAUGGUCCUCUGUCCUGACCUGGGCGAGUACCACGCCCUCAGCGCCAUGGCCUCGCGCAGCAUAUCUUUCGAUGGAGCCGACCAAGGUCUCCUAAACAUGCGCUUCAAGGACUCUUGGCAUAGACUGAGCUUUGCGUACAAUGUCACGCCCAGCGGUCACUAUCAAUAUGUCCCAGCUUACAGGCACCUUUCCUCGACGAUCAACAUGGUGCACUUCAUUGGUAACAACAAGCCCUGGUUUGCAGGCAGGGGGCAGGAGGGCGGCCCCUAUGGGGAGAUGGUGGGACGAUGGUGGGCAGUGUGGGACAGGCACUUCAGGGAGGGGCCUGGCGACAGUUUGGUCCAUUACUACACGAGCGGUGAGUGGCGGCCGCAAGUUAAUUAUGGGAUCGCAAAGGGGUCAACCGCUGAGUCUGCUGGACCGCGCGACAACCACCGCGAGAGCUCUCAACAAGACACUCACCAUGACCACUCACACGGACAACGGGAGUCUCCUCAGCAGGGUGGUGGCGAAAUUCAUGCGCAGAUGCAAGACAGUCCACAGCCGCCUGGCGAUAGCUCAGGACAACGGCAGCAGCAAGCACACCACCACCACCACCACCACCACCAGUAUCAGCAGCAGCCGCAUGAGCAUGAGCAUGAGCACGAGCAUCCUCACGGUCAGCAACAGGAAGCAACCUCAGGGCACUCCUCCAGUGAUCCACCCAAGGAAGAACAGAAGUCAAUUCCUGAGCCGGGGCCACUGCCAACAGCAAGCUGGGAUGCGCAGUGGCAUCCUCCUCCGUCCGACUCCAAGCCUGAAGCUGUCAACUUCCCGUCCACUGUCUACACCAUGUCUCAGGAUCCCACGCCUUUUGUCCCACCAGACAGAUACCCAAGUCCGCCCAAGAACAUGUGGUAUGAGGUUCCCAAGGAGCCGCCAGCGCCGGCAGCCCAGCCACCAAAACAAGUUUUCCCUUGGGAGAGUCACCAGCCUAAGCCCUCCCGCACCUUCACCAACGCCACGCCUCUACCCGAUCUCAGUACGCAAACCACCGCAGUCGAGCCCAAGGAAACCGAGAAUGCUUCGGCGCCUGCCACGCCUGUUACGCCUACCAUCCGGGUGCACAGGCCGCCGGCAGAAUCGUGGGGCACUUUCCAGCUCUCGAAUGCCUGGGACGAGAUUCCUCAGAUCAACCGCUACGUUGAUUCUUUGCAGCAACAUCGUCGCGGCAAGACCUUGGCUUCAGUCAGCUCGCCGACAGGACCCACCAUACCCAAACAGAAGGAAUUACGCGGCUUCAAGCUCACAGACUUUCCCUCGGAAGUCGAGCGACCUUCGCUACCGGUCACACCGGCGCCUAUCGCCCGACCCUCAUUCUGGGGCACGGAGGAGCAACCAAAGCGGACCGAGGGAGCACACGACGCGGGCGACGCCACGGCCCUCCCCAUGGCCGAGGGCGUGCCCGGGCAGUCGGAAUGGGACCCCGAGACGCAAUUACGGAAGCUGGCGCAGCAGCAGUACGAGCACGUGCUCCAGAAGCUGGCAACCGACAAGGGAGGGGAGGGGGGAGGGGCUAAGAAGCAGAAGAUGACUAUACCCAACCGCAGCUUGCCGUUUGGUUCGGAGGACGUGUUGUCGCCGACGUAUAAGCCGCGGCAUCCACCCAAGAAGGAGGAGGAGGAGGAGCGGGAAGAUAGGUCGACGUACAUGGGGAAGCCGGUCGCCGGAAGGGCACCAACGCCAGGGCCGGCGUUGACAUUAGGACUCAUGGACUCGCCGCUGUCGAGGAGGGGCAAGUCUUGA